AUGUUCGUUCCAGACUUUGUCUCCAAUGAAAUCAAUCUGAAUUUUGCAAAUAAUCUCGAAAGAGGUCCUGAUGACGUAAACUCUCCCAUCAGACUAUACGAAUUAGAUAAUAUAUUGAAAAAUAAAAAAGACAGCAUGCCAGGUAUGGAUAAUAUCUCAUACAUUAUGCUAAAGAAGAGCCCCAUAGCAUUAAAAUGUUUAAUCAUAGAAGUAUUUAAUUCAAUUCUUUCUACAUGCUGGAUUCCAGAGGAUUGGAAAAAAAUUAUAAUUAUUCCCAUCUUGAAACCGAAUAAAGAUCCAUUGUCGAUAGAAUCCUACCGACCUAUCUCUUUAUUAUCAUGCUUGAACAAGACAUUUGAAGCCAUCGUCAAGAAUAGACUGAGUGGUCCCAGAGUAGCUCUAAGAGGCUUACCACAAGGAUCGAUUUUGAGUCCAUUAUUAUUUAAUAUUUACAUGUCGGAUUUUUCUGCAGGAACCCAAGACGAUGUUAGGAAACUACAAUAUGCUGAUGAUUUAUUUUUGUAUAUUUCUUGCAACUCGCUUGAGGAAUGCAUUCACAAAAUGAAGCGGUCGAUCACAGGUGUUUCAGAAUGGAUGAGGUCCAGCCACCUAAACCUUUCCUUGAUCAAAACAAAGGGCAUCCUGUUCACUAGGCACAGAAAAUUCCUUUACCCUCAAGAAAUCAAUAUGGAAAAUUGGAACUGUAAGAUAUACGAUAGUCUGAAAAUUUUAGGGGUUAUCUUUGAUAAAAAGAUGAUCUUCCGGGCGCACGUUGAAGAGGUGGUCAAAAAAUGUGAAGUAGGUAAGAACAUCAUUAGAAGAUUGGUUGGAACUGACUGGGGAGCCCACCCAAGUUCAUGUUUGGCUAUCUACAAAUCCAUAAUUAGAUCUCAUAUUGAUUACGGAUACAUCAUUUACGGAGGAAUCUCAACUAAUAUACAAGGAAUGUUAGAUAAGGCUCAACUCUCGGCUUUAAGAUUGUGUUUGGGAACUAUAAGGUCAACGCCUCGCAUUGCCGUUUUAGCGGAAGCCGGAGAAGCUCCAUUAAAUAUUAGGAAACAAAUAUUAACCAAUAGAUUUUUAAUUAAAAAAUUCAACUCGGAUUCAGCUCGAAUCCCGAAGCAAUUGGAAGAUUUAGCUGUUCUGCAUUUUAGAGCAAACUAUUGGAAAAACAGACCUACACCUUUAUUAAUAACUGGAUUUUAUAAUUUGAAACCUUUAGAAGACCUAAUAAUUACAAAUGACAAACUUCCGUAUCAUAGUCAUUCUUGGCAAUACUCAUUUCCCAAGAAAUAUAUAGGGUUGAAUGAUUUCAACUAUACGACUCAUAAUUCCAACAAAAAUAUAAUAAACGGGGAGUUUGACAAUUGGUUACACACGGAAUGGAAAGAUUUUACGGUUAUCUACACUGACGGUUCCAAGUUAGGAAAUAAAGUUGGAUGUGUUGUGUAUGUACCUAAUAGAGAGAAACAUUUACAAUUUAAUUUACCGGAUUUUGCCUCAGUCUUUUCGGCAGAACUUACAGGUAUUAAUGCUGCCUUAGACUUCGUUAUACAAGAAAAGAUUCCAAAAACUAUAAUCCUAACUGACAGUAAAUCUGCACUUCUGGCUCUAAACCAUCCUAAACAAAAUUGCAAUUUUUUAAUAUUUGACACCGUCCACAAAAUAGAAAGCAUCCUAGCAAAUAAAUAUGCGUUCAAAUUAGUAUGGAUAAAAGGGCAUUCCAACAUUCGUGGAAACGAAUAUGUGGAUGGACUUGCAAAAGAAGCCUGUUUAUCAGUUUUUCCUUUAAGAAAGGUUCCUGCGACAGAUCUUAAAAGCUGGGUAAGAAAACAAGGUUUAAGGUUAUGGCAAAAUGAAUAUGAUAUGGAAGACAGAAAAGGAAUCUUAUUUAAAUCUUGCAAACCAAAAGUGUCUUUCAGUACAUGGUUUGCCAAAUCCAGGCUGAACAGAAAUGAAAUAACCGUUAUCAAUCGUAUUAGAGCUGCGCACACAUUUUGCAAAUCUCAUCUUUUUAGAAUAGGUAUGGCAGAAGAUCCCUUCUGUUCUUGCGGUUUGGAAAUCCGCAAUCUCGACCACAUCUUCUGGAAGUGCAAACUCAGAGCUAGUCAAAGAACAUCCUUACUACAAGAACUUCUUUUCCACUAA